GCCAAUCUAGUCUCUUUGGUUAUCUCCCCGAUUUAACUCCGAACCACAUUUCAUCUCCUUGUUAAUUAAAAUCCUAAGACUCUCAUUCAGGCAGUAGCUUUCUCGUAUCUUUCACCAACCUUAAAAAGCUUCUCUCACACACCAUCUCAAUCGUCUUCUACGCCACCACUCAGCGAAACUUCACCUUCAACUUCAACUUCAACUUCAACACUACCAAAUUCCCAGAUAGUGUUCAAUUUUUCGGUUGUCGCUCAACAAAAAUGGCUAAAACGGAAGCAAUACUUUCUCCUUAUGCUCAAUUUCUCUAAACUUUUAUCUCAAUCACUCUCUCUCUCUCUCACUCUCUCUCACUCUUCAUCAUCGGCUCCCACGUUUCCUUCCAGCGUUACGUAGUAAGAUUCUGUCUUCGUCAUCAGCAAAACAUGGCAGAACCCGAAACGAAGAAGAAGACAUCAUCGAUAAUGCCAGACUGGUCUCAGCUCCCUGAAGAGCUACUCUACCACAUCUCCACCCAUCUAGAAGAGGAGAACUGUUUCGAUGUAGUUCAUGCUCGCUCUGUUUGCACCCUGUGGCGAUCCGCAUUUCCCUUUCCUUCUUCCCUUUUACGCCAAAGCUAUUCUCUUCCCACAUUCCCUCCUUCAGAAAGCAAAGAGUUGUGCACCUACGAGAAGUUCCCUCUGUUCCUCUUUAGACUCCGAGCUCCUCAUGCUAAUGCUGCUGAGUAUUUUAUGGGAGGGAUUGGCCGAGAUGAGUCAGAGGAGGAUCAUUUGGAGCUGCUUCCGUCUCCUCUUCAAUGCUCAGUCAAAGUCAAGAUUCCAGGAUCUGACACAACCUCGAUGAACAUGCUUGACUGUCAGAUUCUCUCUCUAGGCCAUCAGUACAGAAUGAUUGGUAAGAAGCUUAAUGGCCUGGCUUUUCUUCCGCUAGACAAGGAGGAGGGAAAAAGAGGAGAAUUUGUUGUGCUUCGCAUAUACUCUCGCGGUGCCCCUUUGCUGGUGUUAACAAGUGAGGAAAUGAGGUGGAAGCCGCUUGAGAUCGACAACACUUUGGGUAGUAUAUGCGUGGAUAUAUUCAUUUGUAGAGGAAGGUUCUAUGCAGCUUUUCUUCCUGGACAAGUUUUCAGUAUCGAUCCUUAUUCGCUGGAGGUGACUCUCUUGUUACCCUCACCUCAGCCAGUACACUCGCUGGUUCCAUUUGGCAAUGAUGAACUUUUCCUGGUUGAAACAACCUUCCACAAUCUUGAUGUAGCAGAUAGUAAACGGGUAUCAUGUAGAGCGAGUAGGCUCGAUGAGAAAACCGGUACAUGGGUUGAAGUCAAGGAUUUGGGAAACCGUGUAUUGAUUAUUGGAGGGCUGGGAAAUGUCUCUUUCUCUGCUAAGGAGCUUCCUCUUGGUUGUGGUCUGAAUGGGAACUCGAUUUUGUUCAUUAAUCAGCCAGGCGGUGUAACCUCCGCCUUUAAGUAUGGAGAACCUACGGAAUACUUUGAAGACGAUGUCGAUUGUUGGAGACCCUCUAGGGAGAAUCGUGUGAUCGUCCACAACAAAUCCUUUCCGAUGGUGGCCUUCCAGGCUGUAAAUGCAAGUCUACCAUAGUUAGCCUUGUGGACAUUUGUUGGGGGGUUCUAACUCUUUAAGUAGUCGUUUGGAUUUAAGCUCUAGAAUUCAGUUAUGUUCUUAUCAAAACUUGUUGCAAGCAUAGAGCAGCUUCUAUUCUUGCUUUUGACUCUGUUCAGAGCCUUUUGAUCGUUGUAGAUUUCUUUUCUGUAAGUGACUACAUUCUGGUUUAAAGUAGUGGUGGCAGUGAAUUCGUAGUCAUUGUGUUAUACA